AUGUGUGGUGUGGUGGAGAUGGUGAAACAUUUAUUUUCCGAUACAGUGGAGAGCAUAGAGAAGCCGGAGGCGAGGGUGACGGAUGUCGAUCCGAAAGGCGUCGGCGCUCACUCUGUCACUUAUCUGGCUAAGGUCAACGUUUCAAAUCCUUACUGUAUACCGAUUCCACUCGGCGAGAUCCGUUACCUUCUCAAAAGUUCCGGCAGAGAGAUUGCAAGUGGCACAAUCUAUGACACAGGUUCACUGAAGGGGAAAGGUGACACCUUACUAUAUGUUGAGAUUGAUGUGGCAAACAGUGUGUUGGUAACCUUGGUGAAGGAUAUCGCUGUUGAUUGGGACAUUGACUACGACCUUAAAGUCACACUCAUUAUUGAUUUCCCACUCAUUUGCGAUAUCAGCAUACCAGUCACUAGAAAUGGUCAGAUCAAGCUCCCUUCUCUUGCUGACGUGUUGAAAAAGAAAAAAUAA